GUGAUCCUCAAGGAUCUGACGGAAAACCCCGAGCCGACGUGGCGCGCAAUGGAGAAGCUCUACGAGGAGGGCAAGGCACGCUCCAUUGGAGUGUCCAACUGGACCAUCAAGGGCUUGGAACAGCUGCUCUCGUUCGCCAAGAUCAAGCCACAUGUCAACCAGAUUGAGAUCCACCCCUUCCUCCCCAACCAUGAGCUGGUCGACUACCUGUUCAAGCACGACAUCCUGCCCCAGGCCUACUCGCCGCUGGGGUCCCAGAACCAGGUGCCCACGACCGGCGAGAAGGUCAGCGAAAACAAGACGCUCAACGAGAUCGCCCUGCGUCGCGGUUUCACCCUGGCCCAGGUGCUGAUCGCCUGGGGGCUGCGUCGCGGCUACGCUGUGCUGCCCAAGAGCUCCAACCCGGCGCGGAUCGAGUCCAACUUCAAGAUUGUCGAUUUGUCCGACGAGGACUUUGAGGCGGUCAACAAGGUGGCCGAGGGGCGCCACUUCCGCUUCGUCAACAUGAAGGACACGUUUGGCUAUGAUGUGUGGCCGGAGGAGGCCAAGGCGGCCAUCUCGAUGUAA